UUAUGAGGAUGGCAUGAAGUAAUACAUUCAAAUUCAUUAGCAGGGCGUCUGGCCCUAAGGAGGUGCUGAUACUUGCUAAGCAUUAUUCUCAUUUGUUGGCCCCUCACACUUGGCUUCAGGCAGCAGAGGGCUGAGAGGAACAACUUCCCACCUUGUAUUCUGUCCCAGAAUCCGUAGUGGUGUCUCUACAAAAGGCCAGCCACUAUGCUCCUUUUAGAUCUGCCUGCCGCCAUCGAUAAACUAAGGACGUGAAACCCCCUUCUUAGGAGGGGGCUGCCCACCCCUCAUGCCUCCAGAACCAAGCCUGACAAAUAUAGCAGAAAUUACAGGCAUCUGAUUUAAGGCUACAUGUAUACACUUCGCCUGAGCCAAGCCCCAAACCCUGGUUCUGCUGCUGCAUCAAAGGACCAUCUCUCUUCCCGGCUCCAGGCCCAGAGAAAGCAGCAAUUUGGGAGACAACCCCCUCUUAUUUUUAGCCUUAAAAACCCAAAAGCCAACAUACCAGCGCUCCCCCAAGCGUCUCUCACAAGCUGUUGUUUGAUUUGGGUUGAGAAAAUGACAGACUGAGUUCUGCACCAAGAACAGAAGGAAAAAAGAGGGGAAAAAAGGAGUUUUAUUUUCCCUCCACUACCAAUCUCCAUCCCCCUCAACUCCUCCCCUAGGCCUGGGUGGACCCUGCCUGGGUAAUCGUCCCCUGCUAUAUUUAAAAACCACAGAUGUGUUUGGUGGAGACUUCAUUUCGGAAUUGCAGGCGGCGUCUCCUGAGGACAAGGGGAAAGCCGGUGCUGCGCGCCCGCCUGCCCGCCCUCCCCGCCCGCCGCCGGAGCUCCGGACUGUGCGGAAUCCAGGUCAGGACGCGCCGCCGUCUUGGAACUGCCGCUGGCCGGGAGGCGCCGGGCGCCAGCCUCCAACGAUUGGGUGGGUGGCCGCGGGCUAGGGGUUCCGUCUGCAUUCGGUCCUCGGGGGCUCUCUGGACGCGAGGUACAGGCUCGACUUCCCGCUGCUGGUCGGGAAGCUAUCUGAAAAUUCCCCCCUCGGCGCGCGAGGAUAAAUAUGCGCGGCUUGUCAUUCCGUGGAGCGCUCUCUCUCCCAGCUGAUAGGGUGACGUUCGGUUUGGAGGCUUAGAGAUUGGCUUUUUGAUUUGGCUUCUUGCUGCAGCUUAAUGGGCAAAGCUCUGGGCUCGCCCAGAAACCAGCCCCUCCGCGCGUCCCCUCCGCGCGCGGCGAGGCCGAGACAUCUCCCGCGGUGACGGUGUGCGAGGCGGAGAGCCGGCGCGCUCCCAGCCCCGGGAAAGCCCCGGCGACGCGACUGCAACCCGGGGUCCCUCGGAGCCGCCAGGGCGCGCCAGGCUGCUCGCCUUCCUGCCCCUCCCGGCAGGGAUCCCCCCCGCUCUCCCUUGCUUAGUCCCGAGCCCGUGCCCCGGGUCCGGGUUUUCCUGGGGUCUUCCGGGGGGUUUUCCCUGCUCCUUAACUCGGCGCCGAGGGACCCCUCCCCAGGCCCCCUGCCCUGGCCCCAGCCCUCGCGCUCCGGAUGCGCUGCCCCUCAGCUCCCUGAAAGCUGCGAACCCACGCGCCCCGGCAGGCGGGUGGCGGCGGCCGACUGACAUGCCCCGGACGCGGCUGCGGCCGGCGGGCAGCCCGCGGGGGCGAUGAGCCGCUGCGGCCGGUGAGGAGCCGGGCGGCGGGGGCAUCGCGCACCUUCCUCACCCCCCUCACUUGCCCACUCUGCUCGGCAGACCGAGAGGAAACGGUCUCUGGCCUGUCAGGAGGACCAUUGGUGCUGCAGUGGAAGCCAGUGGCUAAGUCUCGUGUAUGGCGUGGUUAAGGUUGCAGCCUCUGACCUCUGCCUUCCUCCAUUUUGGGCUGAUUACUUUUGUGCUCUUCCUGAAUGGUCUUCAGGCAGAGGCUGGUGGCUCAGGGGAUGUGCCCAGCACAGGGCAGAACAAUGAGUCCUGUUCAGGGUCAUCAGACUGCAAACAGGGUGUCAUCCUACCAAUCUGGUACCCAGAGAACCCUUCCCUUGGAGACAAGAUUGCCAGGGUCAUUGUCUAUUUUGUGGCCCUGAUAUACAUGUUUCUUGGGGUGUCCAUCAUUGCUGACCGCUUCAUGGCAUCUAUUGAAGUCAUCACUUCUCAAGAGAGAGAGGUGACUAUCAAAAAGCCCAAUGGAGAGACCAGCACAACCACGAUUCGGGUCUGGAAUGAAACUGUCUCCAACCUGACCCUUAUGGCUCUAGGUUCCUCUGCUCCUGAGAUCCUCCUCUCUUUAAUUGAGGUGUGUGGUCAUGGGUUCAUUGCUGGUGAUCUGGGACCUUCUACCAUUGUAGGCAGUGCAGCCUUCAACAUGUUCAUCAUCAUUGGCAUCUGCGUCUAUGUGAUCCCCGAUGGAGAGACUCGCAAGAUCAAGCACCUACAAGUCUUCUUUGUCACUGCUGCUUGGAGCAUCUUUGCCUACAUCUGGCUCUAUAUGAUCCUGGCAGUCUUCUCUCCUGGUGUGGUCCAGGUUUGGGAAGGCCUCCUCACUCUCUUCUUUUUUCCAGUGUGUGUCCUUCUGGCCUGGGUGGCAGAUAAGCGACUGCUCUUCUAUAAAUACAUGCACAAAAAGUACCGCACAGAUAAACACCGAGGAAUUAUCAUAGAGACAGAGGGUGACCACCCCAAGGGCAUUGAGAUGGAUGGGAAAAUGAUGAAUUCCCACUUCCUAGAUGGGAACCUGGUGCCCCUGGAAGGGAAGGAAGUGGAUGAGUCCCGCAGGGAGAUGAUCCGGAUUCUAAAGGAUCUGAAGCAAAAACACCCAGAAAAGGACUUAGAUCAGCUCGUAGAGAUGGCCAAUUACUAUGCUCUUUCCCAUCAACAGAAGAGCCGUGCCUUCUACCGGAUCCAAGCCACCCGUAUGAUGACUGGUGCAGGCAACAUCCUGAAGAAACAUGCAGCAGAACAAGCCAAAAAGGCCUCCAGCAUGAGCGAGGUGCACACCGAUGAGCCUGAGGACUUUGUCUCCAAGGUCUUCUUUGAUCCGUGCUCUUACCAGUGCCUGGAGAACUGUGGGGCUGUACUCCUGACGGUGGUGAGGAAAGGAGGGGACACAUCCAAGACCAUGUAUGUGGACUACAAAACAGAGGAUGGUUCUGCCAAUGCUGGGGCUGACUAUGAGUUCACAGAGGGCACUGUGGUUCUCAAGCCAGGAGAGACCCAGAAGGAGUUCUCUGUGGGCAUCAUUGAUGAUGACAUUUUUGAGGAGGAUGAACACUUCUUUGUGAGAUUGAGCAAUGUCCGCAUAGAGGAGGAGCAGCCUGAGGAGGGGAUGCCUCCAGCAGUACUCAAUAGUCUUCCCUUGCCUCGGGCUGUCCUGGUGUCCCCUUGUGUGGCUACAGUCACUAUCUUGGAUGAUGACCAUGCAGGCAUCUUCACUUUUGAAUGUGACACUAUUCAUGUCAGUGAGAGUAUUGGUGUGAUGGAGGUCAAGGUUCUGCGGACGUCAGGUGCCCGGGGCACAGUCAUCGUCCCCUUUAGGACAAUAGAAGGGACAGCCAAGGGUGGUGGUGAGGAUUUUGAAGACACAUAUGGGGAGUUGGAGUUCAAGAAUGAUGAAACUGUGAAAACCGUAAGGGUUAAAAUAGUAGAUGAGGAGGAAUACGAAAGGCAAGAGAAUUUCUUCAUUGCCCUUGGUGAACCGAAAUGGAUGGAACGUGGAAUAUCAGCACUCCUGUUGUCUCCAGAGAUGACAGACAGGAAGCUGACUGUGGAGGAAGAGGAGGCCAAGAGAAUAGCAGAAAUGGGAAAGCCAGUAUUGGGUGAACACCCCAAACUAGAGGUCAUCAUUGAAGAGUCCUAUGAGUUCAAGAGUACAGUGGACAAAUUGAUCAAGAAGACAAACCUGGCGUUGGUUGUGGGAACGCAUUCCUGGAGGGACCAGUUCAUGGAGGCCAUCACUGUCAGUGCAGCAGGGGAUGAGGAUGAGGAUGAGUCAGGCGAGGAGAGGCUGCCAUCCUGCUUUGACUACGUCAUGCACUUCCUGACGGUCUUCUGGAAGGUGCUGUUUGCCUGCGUGCCCCCCACAGAGUACUGCCAUGGCUGGGCCUGCUUCGUCGUCUCCAUUCUCAUCAUCGGCAUGCUCACAGCCAUAAUUGGGGACCUGGCCUCCCACUUUGGAUGCACCAUUGGCCUCAAGGACUCAGUUACAGCUGUUGUUUUCGUGGCAUUUGGCACCUCUGUGCCAGAUACGUUUGCCAGCAAAGCUGCAGCCAUCCAGGACGUGUACGCAGACGCCUCCAUUGGCAACGUCACAGGGAGCAACGCCGUCAAUGUCUUCCUGGGCAUUGGCCUGGCCUGGUCCGUGGCCGCCAUCUACUGGGCCCUGCAGGGACAGGAGUUCCACGUGUCAGCCGGCACGCUGGCCUUCUCAGUCACCCUCUUCACCAUCUUUGCGUUUGUCUGCAUCAGUGUGCUCCUGUACCGCCGGCGGCCGCACCUGGGUGGGGAGCUUGGUGGCCCUCGUGGCUGCAAGCUUGCCACGACUUGGCUCUUUGUGAGCCUGUGGCUCCUCUACAUACUCUUUGCCACGCUGGAGGCCUACUGCUACAUCAAGGGGUUCUGAGCCACAGGACGAGGCCUCCAGCAGAGCAGGCCUAGGACUUCUCCUAAGAGAAGGGCACCUCCCCACCAGUGACCUCUCCGGGAUGAGCAGCCCUGGAGAGGCAGCAUCAGGACCCGAGCCCCAGGAUCUUCACCCGACCUAGGCCCUGGCAGUGAACUGAAAGGGCAGAGUCUUAAUCAAUCCAUCAGAAUGGAGGAAACACCCACUUUACAAAGUAUUUAAUUCAAUACAAACCAACAACAGCAACAAACCCACCUCCACCCCAUCUUCCCACCCAUGUCCCUGACCCAUAGCAAAGGUCAGACCCUUUCACCAUCUGCUAUUCCACCUUCUUCUGAUUAUUCCUUUGCUUCUACUUUCUUUGGGGGCAGGGUUUCUCCUGUCUGUCCAAUUCAAUACAUCACCGUUCUCUCAGUUGGCGAAGCGUGAAAAUGAGUCAUAGCCAUGUGGCCGGUUUGGGGUUCUCUUUUCCUUGUAGUCAUUAUUGCGGUUGCUUUCAUUUCUCCAUCAGGUUUUGCUCAUUGUUUUUUUGUUUGUUUUGUCUUUUCUUUCUGAAGUUAGUGACAAAGGUGCUGGGAAGGAACUCAAGGUCUGAGCUGAUGGGUAGAGGCAUAAAUUUUCAGACACACACCUGCUGACUCUCAUUGAGUAACAGCUGUCUCUUGGUUCCAUUGAGGUCUUGUCCCUCAUUUCCAUUUUUUCUCUGAAUUCUUGAGAGGGCUGAUGGCAUUUGGGUGGAAGUAAGUUUGCACACCCACGCAGGGCACUAAAGAGCGAGGGGUUGUGGCUAGAGUGGGAGGAGCUUUAUAUGCUUAUGUCGAAAUCAAAUUUACACAAAAAGUCAUUGUUCUCUUCCCUGCCCAAGACUUUCAAGUUCUGUCUGUCUCAUGUGUCAGUGUCUAUAUGUUUAUCCUUCAGCAGGAAGACCCACCAAGCAGGAGCUAUGGGACAAAAAUAAGAAUGGUAUGUGAUGACAAAAGACAGCUGGGGAAACAAAAGAGAGAUAUGCCUUCUUGAGUGUCUUUGGCUUUGUAUCUGAGGCAGGAGAGAAGAGAUGCCCACCUAGUGAGAUCUUUAAGGGGAAAGAUUAUAUUUAAAAUGUCAGUGCUUCUGAGAAAUGUCGGCUUCACCACCCCCUCACUUUCUAAGGCAUCAGACUAAGGGGUCUGACUCUAUUUCUUGAGGUAAUGCAAAAACUUAGAGGUUUAUAAGAAAACAAGGGGCUCCUUCCACCUCUCCUGAGCCCUCAGGUCACUUUGAAAGCUUUUUCACAAGAUAGGAACUGGAAUUCCUCAUCUCUUCCACAUUCCUGCUUGUUUUUAGAUCUUAUGAAGCUCUUUCUCCUGACUGUGGGCUAUUUCUUGCCCCAGGCAAGAGGAAUCUUCAUUGCCAUAAUCCCAUGGAGCGUAGGUUUAUAGAAAAAGAGAUUGCCAUGCCCUAGACGCAUUUUCUCAACAACUUUUGAAAGGACCUGACUUUAAAACACACACACGCACACAAAUAAACACACAUACGAAAUCACCACGAAACUGCCCACAGAUCUUUAGGCUUUCUGCAUUGACAUAAAUACAUUUUUUAAGGGGGAAAAAAGAAAUUAAAAAACACCUGUUUAAUUUUAAACACGUUUUUUAAGAAAAAAAAUACUAAAAAAGAAACAGUGCUCAUGUCAUAAGCUGUGUUGACAGUUGCCAGUGGAAAUGUUGGGUUGGUUUAAAAAAAAAUAAAAGCUAUACUUAUAUCUCUCUAAAUAAA